AUGAGCCCUGCCAAGAAGCUGAAGUCGGACGAGCAGCUACUCGUGUUCAACGGCAAGCCCUCCAGCUUCACCGGUUGGAAGCAGCGCGUCACGCAGCACCUCGAGGUCCGGUCGUACAAGGAAGAAGAAGAUCAUCUCGAAGGUCGCCGCAAGUGCAAGCCUUUCACGAAGUACUCGGCGUGGCUGAAGCAAGUCCCGGACGAGACGCCGUUGACGGACGAGCAGAAGGAUGAGAAGGCCUACCAGACUUUCGAGUUCAAGCGCAAGCCUGCCGAGAUCCGCUCGAUGCUGGCCAACAUCUUGCCCGAGCAGUUCGUCCAGCAGUACGGCGACGACUUUGCGACGAUGCCCGUGCACGAAAUCUGGUCCAAGCUCGAACGCAAGUAUGGUAUGUCCACCGUGGCAACCUUGCUUGAUCGGCUCCGGAAGCUUUUCCGCACUCCGCGGGAGAACUUCAAGAAUCUCGAGACUGCAAUCUCGACGAUGAAGGUCCAGCGCAAUGAGGUUAACAGCCUCGCGCAGAAAGGCCUCGGGUGUGACUUGAUCUCGGAAAACCUCAUGUUGUGCUUGUUGCUCGCGGAACUUCCGGCUGAGUACUACGGCGCACAAGUGGCUUUCGAGAAAUCAAAGUUCACGCUCGAUCGUCUUGAACCUCGGCUCAUCUCCAUAUUCGGCGACCGCUCGAAGAAGGAGAUCACUGCCAUGAGUUCGACCAACGCCAAUGACGAACGUCACGUGGACUCUGUCCAGUCGGCUAAGUCUAAAAGGGGCACGGUCAACAAGAACUCUGGUCAGGGUCAGAGCCAGGGAAAGGGAAAGGGGAAAGCCCUCGUGGGCAACCGCAAGCGUCCUUACGAAUCUGACCAUGAGUCGGACUCUGAGGAGUGUCACUACUGUCGCGGUGCCUACAACCGGGGUGGCCCGCACAAAAAGGACGAAUGUCCUCUGAAGGAUUUUGAUCGGAAGCAAAUGAAGCUUUUCCGAUCGGACUUUACCCAGAAGGGGCGCUUCAUUGAGGAGCCCAGUAAGGGUGGCACCAAUAAAGGUGGCAAGUCCAAGAAGGUGCGCAAGGGACUGAGGACAACGGCGCAGCUCCACUGA